UGCGCCGGCCCGUUCUAUCAGAUUUGCACUGAAUCCCUGCGUUGACAGUUCAGUGUGCGCUUCACAGCCAACUCGCAAGCAUCAUGGCUCUGUUUCCCCUGCUCAGCCGUGGCUCCCGGUGCCCCUCGGACCUGGCGAGGCGUUUCUUCGAAGACGACGACUUCGGCGGCUCCUUCUUGGACGGUGAGCUGUUUGACCCGCCGUUCUACCACCAGCGCUACUACAUCCAGCCUCGGCAUCACCGUCAGUCUUCCGGCGGCGUUUGCCCCGCCCGCCAGCAGGGCACCUCGGUCGCCUGCACUCCGGACAAGUUCGCCAUCCGAGUGGACACCCGGCACUUCACUCCCGAAGAGAUCAGCGUCAAGACGCAGGACAACAGCGUCGUCAUUCACGGUAAGCACGAGGAGAAGUCCGACGACCGCGGCUGCUACGUGAAGCGCGAGUUCACCCGCCGCUACGUGCUGCCCGAAGACGUCGAUCCCGAAACCGUCAAGUGCCACUUGCAGCCCAACGGAAUGUUGGCCCUCGAAGCACCGCGCAAGAAUGCCCCCAAAGAGCAGCCCAAGGCAGUGCCCAUCGAAAUCAAGCAUGAAGGCGCCAGCGGUGAUGCUCUGAAGCAAAAGUGAACAGGCUGCUGCUGUUCGCAUUUCGUACCUGGGACUCUUUUUCUCUAAGGUUGUGUGCGAACAUUCCUGUGUUUGUAUUUUGUUAGUGAAGGCCGGCCUUCGUUAUGAGUGUUUCCAUUGUGAGAGAGUUCACUAGUGUCUUUUUGUGUGUGAGCUACUUAAGUUAUCAAUAAAAGAGGCAUUAUUUUUCACA